UAGUACGCUUCUGCAGAACCAUAUUCGUCCAGCUGUUUUUUUCAGACCAUACAAAAAUGCGGACUACUAGCCUAAACAUCCUGCUAAUUACUGCGAUCUGCCUGAUUGGCGACAGCGUGUCCGGCGCCACCGUGAAACCCUUAUCCGACAACCGAUUCCGCACGGUGGAGUUGGUCCGCGAUGAGGCGCUGACGUUGGAAUGCCCGAGUGAUCGUCAGCCGUUUAUUGAAUUCGGCACCGUCCAGCUGAUGGAGGCCUACACGUACGACAAAACCCAACAGAUCUGCCGUAUUCAGCCCGCCUUCUGCCAGCCCGGCAUCGGGCUCUGGCCGCCGCCGCCCCCCAUCAUCAACGAUGAUUCGUGAAGUACAGCGGAAAUGCCCAAGAACAAGCUGCAGACCUUAUUCCGCAGCUAUUCCAACAACCGCACCUUCACCCUGUCGUUCGAUCGCGAGGAUCAGCUGCAAAAUUCACUGUGUGGCAUUUCGACGCCAAUGCGGCUGAUGGUGACCUUUCGCUGCUCCGACCAAAAACAGAAAGUCUAAACGGUCUGAUUUCAUCUCAGACGAAUUU